AUGCCGUGCAACUCGCUCAACUUUUGCCAUUUCUCCCUCGCGCACUUUGGCACGACCCAGACUCUGCCUGCGGCACCGGCGGGGUCAGUAAAGGGCAAGGGCAAAGCCACAGAGGUUGAAGGUCUCCUCGCACUGCCCAACCUGACCGACUCGGAAUUCAUUGAUAUCUACCACGUCCCCUCCCUCGCACGCGUACAUGCCGCGAUCAACUUUGCUCCCAAGUCAAAGGCCAUCGAGGCCCCGCGCGCGGGGCUCGUCAUGGCGCUUCACAUCGCUGUCCUCCCGGACCGGAUCGCACUCGUGGCGGCAUACGAAGACGGCCGGGCGGAGGUGUGGUCGUGUUCCUUGGAACACGUCGGUACACCAUGGGACGGGAGGAAGGCCACCAGCGGCGAUGAUAAGCCGUGGACGCUGCUGUGGUGUGGCAAGGCGCACAACGAGGCCGUCAUGGCCAUGGCCGUCGACCCGUCGUUUGAGAGGGCAUUCACAGUGUCAGCCGACCACCUCCUGUGUCGCAUUGACCUCGUCUCGGUCCUCACCGGCACAACCACGACCAACCCCAUCUCGUCCUACUCGACCAAACAGGUCGGCAACAGCGCCCUCGCCAUCUCGUCGGACGGCAAGGUCGUCGCCGUGGGCGGGUGGGAUGGGCGCAUCCGUCUAUUCUCAGCCGCGACGUUCAAGCCGUUAGGCACGCUCGCGUACCACCGCGAAUCGGUCCAGGCGCUCGUGUUUGGCAACCGCGAGUCGGGCCUGCUUGGCGCCAGCGGCGGCGGCAGGGGGGUGGACGACGACGAGGCGAGUGUUCUGGAGAUUGGCGACGACGAGAGCGACUCGGACGACGACGUGGACGCCGACGUGGGGCCCAGGGAAGGAUGGCUCACUAGUGCUGGCAAAGACCGGCGUAUCGCACUGUGGAGCUUGCACUUUGGGGCUUAG